AUGGCGGCGUGGGCGUUAACAAUGUCGGGAAUAUGUUCCCGGCAAUGCUGCGGCCGCAUUCGCUCCUUCUGCCUCCACGUGGUUGGACCACGAGGCAUCGAGGUGGUACGGAUGCGCAGACGCUUUCAUUGCGGUGCCUGCAUGCCCUCCUGCCAUGUCUGCUGUUGCUGCUUCUGGAAUUGCGAGCCCACUACCUGCAAAUCGGAAGGUGGCAGCUGUUGCUUUCGUUUCCUCCGAUGCUUUAUGCAAGACAUCGUUUUGGAGACACCCACAGGCGAAGUCAUCGGUAAAGUUCAAGAGGAACCGACCUGGGCAGUGCCGACAUGGAGUAUUUUGGACGCCGAUGGACAUUUGAUACUGCGGAUAACUGGACCGCCUCCAUGGUACUUCAUCUGUCUUCCCACGGCUUUCGGCCUGUGCAGAGAUAGCCUGCAGUUCAAGUUAAUGUCGGCCGACGGUACAUUCCAACUUGGCAAAAUUCGCAAGGAGUGGUCCGGUUUCGCCCGCGAAUUGCUCACCGACGCUGAUACUUUUUCAGUAACAUUCCCUCCAGAUCUAGAUUCAAGAGCGAAAAUGUUGGUUUUGUGCGCCACGUUCCUCUUGGACUUUAUGUACUUUGAAAAUAACCGAAGACAUUCUUCGUAG